UAGUUCCAUUCGGACCGGGUUUUCAGUAUUCUCUGAGGAUUUGUCUUGUGUCGACAUUGUGUCCAAUAACUGCGGCUUUUUCAAUAAUAUUUAGAAAAGAUCUUUGGAGAAAAAAAAAGACAACAUCAUGCCAAUGAAGCUGUACGGUGUUUCUGAUGGACCUCCAACUUUAGGUGUCCGCAUGACUUUGAAGGCCCUAAACGUUCCAUAUGAAUAUGUCAAUGUGAACUUUAAUAAAGGUGAACAUAUGACGGAUUCUUAUGCAAAGAUGAAUCCUCAAAAAGAGAUUCCAGUUUUGGACGACAAUGGUUUCUAUUUGCAAGAGAGUAAUGCUAUCAUUCAGUACAUUUGUGAUAAAUAUGGCCCAGAUAGUCCAUUAUACCCGAAAGAUCCAACUGCUCGUGCAAUAGUCAACCAACGUUUAUUUUUCAAUAUGGGAUUCUAUUAUAGCAGCAUUGGAGCCUAUGCAUUGGCACCAAUUUUCUUCGAUUAUGAACGAUCAGCAAUGGGUUUGAAAAAAGUCGAGAAUGCUCUUAAAGUUUUCCAAACUUAUUUAGAACGUUUGAAUACCAAGUAUGUUGCUGGCGAUAACUUGACUGUUGCUGAUUUUGUUCUAAUUACUUCUACAAUGUGUUUGGAAGCAAUUAAUUUUGAUAUUUCUGGUUAUCCAUUGAUUAAAAAAUGGUAUGAAAUGUUUAAGAAGGAACAUUCAGAAUUGUGGGAGGUUGCAAAGGUGGGAAUGUUGGAAUUGGCUGAAUUUGAGAAAAAUCCACCAGAUUUAUCGACAAUGAAUCAUCCAUUCCAUCCAACGAGAAAAGCAACAAAGUAAAGAAAAAUUUUGUAUUUUUUAUUUGUAUAAAAAUUUAUUGUUUUGUAUUA